AUGUUCAUCUUUUUUCACAGGUUGGUCCACUUGGAUCUGAAAGGUGCUCCCCCAAAAGUGGAUUAUUUUGAAAAGAUCUUCCCCUGGCUGAAGCGGUUUGGAGCUACAGGGCUACUGAUUGAGUAUGAGGACAUGUUUCCUUAUUGGGGGGACUUGGAGGAGAUAGCUUGUGAAUAUGCAUACAGUAAGGAAGCUGUAGAGAGGAUUCUACAACUGGCAGCUGAUAAUGACCUCAUAGUCAUCCCUUUGGUACAGACAUUCGGCCAUUUUGAGUUUGUAUUAAAACAUGACAAGUUUGUGUCUUUACGAGAAGUUCCCACUUUUCCGAUGGCGCUCUGUCCUUCCAAUCCAGAUUCCCUGACCGCUGUAACAAUGAUGAUUGAUCAGGUGAUAGAACUUCACCCGGCACUUCAGUGGUUCCAUAUAGGAGCUGAUGAGGUGUACCACAUCGGAAUUUGUGACAAGUGUAAGAAGCGGAUGAAUGUGGAGAAUUUAUCAACACAGCAGCUCUUUUUUGCCCACACACAGGCUGUUCUUCUCUACCUCAAGGCCAAGCAUCCAAACAUAAAAGCCAUCAUGUGGGAUGACAUGCUACGCUUCACUGAACUCCCUGUUCUUCAAGGGUCUGGUCUUGGAGGUCUGGUGGAAGUGAUGGUGUGGCACUACCUCAGCAACUUCCUUCUUCCAGCAGAUAUAUGGGAUAAGUUUUCUCAGGUGUUCCCUAAUAUCUGGUUCGCCAGUGCGUUUAAAGGUGCAACAGGCUCAAGUGUGUAUGUGACAAACAUCAAAUACCAUGUGGAGAAUCAUCUUGCUUGGCUACAGAUACUGGAGAAGGAGAAAGCAAAAUUUCACAACUUCCGAGGUUUUGCGAUUACUGGUUGGCAAAGGUAUGACCACUAUGCUAUUUUGUGUGAACUAUUACCACAAGCACUUCCGUCUCUUGCCAUAUGUCUGUCAAUCCUCAAUAAAGGGACCUUUUCCUUUGAUAUCCACAACGAGGUUUCUAAACAACUGAAAUCUACUAGUCUCAUUCCAAUUAAUGCACCUCAUUUGACCGAGAUUCCACACAGUGAAUUCCCUGGGUCAGACAUAUAUAAAGCUAUGUUGGAGUUUAUUCGAGUGGAUUUAGCUUUUGAUGACUUCAUGAACAAUGAGGCGCGUUUGACAUGGAUGAACGAAUACCAUUUGAAGCGGAAUUUUGCCAACCCUGUACAUGUGGAACCUUUAUUGGCUCAAGCUGUAGAAAUCCUGGACAGCCUCCAGAUGUUAUACAGCAGGUUACAGACAGCCCUGUCCCAGAUUUUCUAUCCUAACACUGUCGAAGAGUGGCUAGCAGUCUUCCCAGGAUACCGUAUCUCUAAACUCUCCGAGGUAGUGGAGACCGUCCGAAAUAAUCUAGGUCACAAUAAGGACAUGCAGACUUAAAAAAUCCCCAAAUAAACAUGAACCUUUGAGUGUUGUGAGAUAUCUCUGUAAUAGUCGGUAGGUUUUUGAGGAAUAGAACGACAAGAAUUGUCCCAAGGGUCAAGGUUUUGUUCACUUCUGAGAAGAUUUAUCUCGGUUAAUUUUUUAUUUACAAAAUGUGUUUCCCUAAAAUAUAGAAUCUUUUUAAUGAUAGUGCAUAUUCUGCCUUCAGAAAAAUUACUGGAUUUUUAGCCCACCAUCCGAUGAUUGGGGGGGGGGGGACGACUAUUCCUAUUCAAACCUACGUCUGUGGUCUAUCCAUCUGUCUGUAUACAAUUUUUGUUAUUGUUAAAUCUUGAGAAGCACUGGAUGGGUCUUUCUCAAAUUCCAUAGGUAGCUUUGUCCCUAGUUGUGCCCAUUUUGAUUCUGGGACUUAUCAGAAAAGACAAAAUGGCUUCCAGGCAACCAUCUUGGAUUUGGCAAGUAAAGAUUAUCAUCACCAUUUCUUCAAAGGAAUGUUCAAAUUUCUUAUCAUUAAGAGCAAAAAACAGAGAAGUGAAUAGAAAAGAAGGGAAAAGAUUCAAUUUCAAAGAGCAAAUAAAGAUCAAAUAAUGGUGGAUGCCAACAUCCCUCUGGGAUCUCUUGUUUAUAGAAUGCUCUAAAUAUAAAUACUAAUUAGAAUUUUUCAUCUACCUGACCUGGCUACACAUGAUAAGAUGGCAAUCUUUUCAUAUUUCCUGUCAUCAAUCCACUCAUGAAAAUUCUUUUCAGCUACGAUG